AUGUUUUUUUCACUGGACGCUCACUCACGCCUCCUCGCCACCUCAGUUGCCACCCUGGGCCCAGCAUCAUGGCCGCUGAUUCCCGAACUGCUCCGAGCAGGCGUCAACGUGUUCCGGGUCAACUUUUCCCACAUCGAUGUGACCAACAAGGAGCACACAGCGACGACGCUGGCGACGCUGCAGACGAUCCGGUCAGCAGCCGAAGAACUUGGACUUGGCGACUCGGUGGGAGUCCUUGCCGACCUCUGCGGACCCAAGGUGCGAUGCAACGGGUUUGCCGCUCCCGGCACCAUCAUGCUCACCGCCGGCGAGUCGGUCGUCCUUGAGGCGAGCGACGACGACGGCGAGCCGGGCAUCAUCCGCACCGGCAUCUACGAUCUGGUCGCCGAGCUGAGCGUGGGCCACAGAGUCCUCCUUGACGACGGCAUCAUGGCGCUCGAGGUCCACCGCCGCGAGAGUGAGAAUCGCGUCGUGUGCGAGGUCAAGGUCGGCGGCGUGCUCAAGGCCAACAAGGGCAUCAACGUGCCAGACCUGGCGGUGGCAGGCAUCAAGGCACUGACCGACAAGGAUAGGGCGGACGCAGCCUGGAUUGUUGCCCACGCGCCCGAGCUUGUUGACUACUUUGCGCUCUCGUUUGUGCAGCGUCCUGAAGACGUGUUCGAGCUCCGCACGCAUCUGGCGAACCUCGUCAACGGCAACGACACCGAUGCUGAUGCCAACCAGCCCGUGUGGGGCAUCAUCGCCAAGAUCGAAAAGCCGCAGGCUGUGGAGGCCAUCGUCGACAUCGUCGGCGUUGCCGACGGCGUCAUGGUCGCUCGUGGCGACCUCGGCAUCGAGUGCGAGCUCCACCGCGUCCCGCGCAUGCAGAAGCGCAUCAUCGAGGUCGCCAACCUCGCAGGCAAGCCCGUCAUCACCGCCACCCAGAUGCUCGAGUCAAUGCAGCAGGCCCCAACUCCCACCCGCGCCGAAAUUGCCGAUGUCGCCAACGCCAUCUUUGACGGCACAGACGCCGUCAUGCUCUCGGGCGAGUCGGCCGUCGGCAAGUAUCCCAUCGAGGCCGUGGCCACCAUGGUCCGCGUCGCCCGCGACGCCGAGAUCGACCACGCCCGCAUCCAUGUCCCUUCCGUCGUCCAGAAGGACAUUCACGCCUUUAUGCGCACAUCGCGCCCGUCUGUCACCCUCGACACUGCCGAGCGGACCGCCGCCCUCGGCGUCGCCGCCGUCCUCACGGCCUCGUUUGUCGGCGCUCACGGCAUCGUCGUCCUCCCAGCCACCACCGACUACAACUCGGUCCUCCUCGUGGCGUGCACCCGACCCAAGCCCAAAGCCCUUAUCAUCGCCGUCGAGCAUUCGCGCCGCUCGGUCCGUCGCCACAUCCUCUGCGGCGGCGUCUUUCCGCUCUACGUCCCGCCAUACACCUCGGCCGACGAUGCCAUGGUCAAGGUCGAGGCAUCCAUCGCCGCCUUUCAUCUCGUCGACGACUAUGACUCACUCGUCAUCUGCUCCGCCUUUCACCGCACCUACCCGCUCCUCUCCAAUCUUGUCCGUAUCUACGAGUUUGGCGAGGCCUCGCGCGCUCUCGUCGCCCGCGGCCGCUGGGCCGCCGCCGUCGACUUUGUCCGCGCUCACUCGGCCGACAUCGCGCACAUCGACGACUCGCCGCCGCUCUCUUCAUCUCCCUCCACCAUUGCCGAUCAUGCCGCUGCUGCUGGUGCUCCACCUCUUGUCUCCUCCGCAACUGCCUCGGCCUCAUCUGCCGCGCAUUCAGGUCUGGCCGUCUCCGAGCCCAACCACCCCUCCUCGCUCCCUCCGUUCCGCCGCCUACACUCGGACACGCCCGACUCGUCUCCGCUCGGUGACAUCCUUGAGGAUCUGCCGUCGCCGUCGGCGGCCUCUGGGACCGACUCUCCCGAAAUGCUCGACAGCACUAGCUCGGGCUCGUAUCCGAUCCCCAUCCGUGUCGGUCGCUCACGGAAGCUGCCCGAGCCCGUGGACCGCGGUGCACCCGGCGUCCCGCCGCGGGCGUCGUCGGCUACCCCGCCGCACUCAGCGUCGUCCUCAGGCGCCGCUCCGUGGCGAGUGCUCGUCAACUCGGUCCGCUCACCACUCUCCUGGUCGACGAGUUCGGUCCUCGGCUCGGAAUCGUACUACCAGACCUCCAACUACCACAUCGGCCACACUAUGGGCCUCAACAUUCCCAGUGGACACGUUGUCGACGGUAUUCGCGUCGCUCUGGCCUACUCUCGGUUUUGCUCGGAGAUUUGCAGCGCUCGCUCGGUCAAGAUCGCCCUCAAGACCUCCUCCGGCGCUGCAGUGGCCGGUGCGGUCGAAAAGUCCGUCACCACCAUUUUAGGCACUUCCGGUAUCCUCACCGCCGGCUCGACCUCCGACACCUGGGGCAUGACCGGAUCGAGCGCUGCCAUUCGUAACGCCCUGAGGUCAUCAACGUUUGGUGUUGCCAUCACUGUCAAGGGCUUUGUCGAGCAGACGUUCACCACCACCUUUACUACCCGCUCCGGCUCCUCUAUCCAGCCUCUGCGGUACGAAAAGCCGGAGUACAAGACCGAGGCAGAUGUUGUCUCCACCCGUCGGCUCUCGACCUGGCGCGUGACCAUCGCUGCCACGGACAUCUCUGCCACUGUCACCUCCCAUCUGUACCAGUGCCCCACCUCGGGCUCGUGGCCCACCACCAACGCCGGCUCGACAGCCUCCAUCAGCUGCCCGGCCGGCUACACGGGAAGCCACACCCGCUACUGCAACCCAAGCACGUACGGCUGGAACUCACCGGUCUACUCAUGCUCCAAGAUCACCAACUUUUGCCCGGCCCAGUCGGCGCCGAGCAACGGCAAGCUCUCCUCCACCUGCGCUCGCUCGGUGAGCACGGUGUGUGGUACCUUUUCGUGCAACGCCGGGUACACGCGCUCUGGCUCCACCUCGCGGACGUGUCAGACCAACGCGGCAUGGUCCGGCUCGGCUGCCUCAUGCUCGCUGACCACCGACUACUGUCCGCUGCACGCGGUUCCCUCCAACGGUGUCGUCUCCAUCGGCUCGUGCUCGACCCGCCGCUCGAUCGGCGAGGUGUGCGGCACGUUCUCGUGCAACGGCGGGUACUCGCUCAACGGUGUGACGAGCCGGACAUGCUCGUCGGGUGCGGUGUGGUCGGGCGCGUCGGCGCCGGUCUGCACCAAGAUCACCAACUACUGCCCGGCGCUCGGUGCGCCGACGAACGGCAAGCUGUCGACGACGUGCGCGCGCUCAGUCGGGGUGGUAUGCGGGACGUUCUCGUGCAACGCCGGGUACUCGCUCAACGGCGUGACGAGCCGGACGUGUGCGUCGAGCGGGGCGUGGACCAACUCUGCGGCCUCGUGCGCGCUCAUCACCAACUACUGUCCGCUGCAUGCGGUUCCCUCCAACGGUGUUGUCUCCAUCGGCUCGUGCUCGACCCGCCGCUCGAUCGGGGAGACGUGCGGCACGUUCUCGUGCAACGGCGGGUACACGCUGUCCGGCUCGACAAGCCGGACGUGCGCGUCGGGCGCGGUGUGGUCGGGCUCGGCGCCUACCUGCACCAAGAUCACCAACCACUGCCCAGCGCUCUCGGCGCCGGCCAACGGCAAGCUGUCGACGACGUGCGCGCGCUCGGUCGGGACGGUGUGCGGGACGUUCUCGUGCAAUGCCGGUUAUGUGCUUGGCGGCGCAACGAGCCGGACGUGCCAGGGGAGCGGAGCGUGGUCGGGCACGGCCGCGGUCUGCACCAUCAACAACAACUACUGUCCGGAGCAUCUGGCGCCGACCAACGGCAUCAUCUCGCCGUCGGGCUCGUGCGCUAGCCAGCGGGCUAUUGGUGAGACCUGCGGCACCUUCCAGUGCAACGGCGGGUACUCGCUCAACGGCGUGACGUCGCGGACGUGCUCGUCAGGUGGAGGCUGGUCAGGUGCGUCUGCGCCUUCCUGCGCCAAGAUCACCAACCACUGCCCAGCGCUCUCAGCGCCGGCCAACGGCAAGCUGUCGACGACGUGCGCGCGCUCGGUCGGGACGGUGUGUGGGACGUUCUCGUGCAAUGCCGGGUAUGUGCUCGGCGGCGCGACGAGCCGGACGUGCCAGGGGAGCGGAGCGUGGUCGGGCACGACCGCGGUCUGCACCAUCAACAACAACUACUGCCCGGAGCAUCUGGCGCCGACCAACGGCAUCAUCUCGCCGUCGGGCUCGUGCGCUAGCCAGCGGGCUAUUGGCGAGACCUGCGGCACCUUCCAGUGCAACGGCGGGUACUCGCUCAACGGCGUGACGUCGCGGACGUGCUCGUCAGGUGGAGGCUGGUCAGGUGCGUCUGCGCCUUCCUGCGCCAAGAUCACCAACUACUGCCCAGCGCUCUCGGCGCCGACGAACGGCAAGCUGUCAACGACGUGCGCGCGCUCGGUCGGUGUGGUGUGCGGGACGUUCUCGUGCAACGCCGGGUACUCGCUCAACGGCGUGACGAGCCGGACGUGUGCGUCGAGCGGGUCGUGGACCAGCUCUGCGGCCUCGUGCGCGCUCAUCACCAACUACUGCGUCGAGCUGACGGCGCCGACCAACGGCAUCAUCUCGCCAUCGGGCUCGUGUGCUAGCCAGCGGGCCAUUGGUGAGACUUGCGGCACCUUCCAGUGCAAUGCUGGGUACGCGCUCUCGGGCUCGUCGAGUCGGACAUGCUCGUCGGGCGCGGCGUGGUCCGGUACGGCAGCAUCGUGCUCGCUCAUCACCACGUACUGCCCGUCGCUGACGAACCCAACCAACGGGCAGGCGCCGUCGAGCUACGCGCGGUCGAUCGGCGCCACCGCCAGCCCGUACACCUGCAACGCUGGGUACACCAUUUCGGGCUCGACGUCUCGAACGUGUGCGUCCGGUGGGGCUUGGUCGGGCUCGGCACCGACGACGGUCGGCUCGGCGUGCUCGUUCUCGUGCCAGGCCGGCUACACGCCAUCAGGCUCGAUGUCGGUCACCUGCUCGAACGCCGGGACUUGGUCCGGCACGCUUGGGACGUGCGACGCGACGCCCAACUACUGCCCGCUUCUCACGGCGCCGACCAACGGCAACGCGCCAAGCGGCCACGGACGGACGAUCAACUCGGUGGCGAGCCCGUACACCUGCAACGCCGGGUACGAUGUGUCGGGCGUGACGUCGCGGACGUGCCAAGCCGGCGGGAGCUGGUCGUCGACGGCGCCGACGUGUGUGCUCGACUCGUCGUACUGCGGGACGCGACCGGCAGCGCCGACCAACGGGAUCGGCGGUGCGUGCUCGUACGCGCUCGGCGGAACGUGCUCAUACUCGUGCUCCAACGGGUACGAGCCGUUGGGCUCGAUGUCGGUCACCUGUGCUUCGGGCCCGACCUGGUCCGGGACGCUCGGGACGUGCGUGGCCAAGGCCAACUACUGCCCGUUGCUCACCAAUCCGACAGAUGGGCAGGCGCCGGGCGCCUACGAGCGGAAAAUCACCUCUACGGCGAGCCCGUACACCUGCAACAACGGAUACAUUGUGACGGCCGGCUCAACGUCGCGGACGUGCCAGGCCAACUCGCCGACGGCGGGCACCUGGUCCGGAACGGUGCCGACUUGCUCGGUGGAUACCUCGCAUUGCGGGCCGUCGCCGCCGCCGCCACCCAACUUUUCGAUCCAGAGCUGCUCAGCGGCGCAGGACGGCGAGUGCGUGUACGUGUGCAACAACGGGUACACGCUCAGCGGCGGGGAUCGGUACACGUGCCUCGCAAACACCAACUGGGGCGGGACUCUUGGGUCGUGUGACGCGACUGCUGGGUACUGUGCCGUCCUCUCUGCUCCAGCCAACGGGGCGCGCGGUGGGUGCACCGGCGCGAUUGGGAGCUCGUGUGGGCCGUUCUCGUGCAAUGACGGAUACGCGCUCUCGGGCUCGACGUCGCGGCUGUGCGAGGACAACGGGCCGGCGUCCGGGACGUGGACCGGCUCGACAGCCUCGUGCUCGCUCAUCACCAACUACUGCUCGGCCAAGACGGCGCCGGCCAACGGUUGCUCGUUCACGUGCGCCAACGGAUACCAGCCGUCGGGCAUGUCGUCGAUCACAUGCGGGUCGGGCGCGGCAUGGUCGGCACCGUUUGGCUCGUGCGUCAAGAUCUCCGGCUACUGCACACCUGACACGGCGCCAGCCAAUGGCCAGGCGGCGGGUGGAUGCAGCGGAGAGCUCGGCACCUCGUGCGGGCCGUACACGUGCAACGCCGGGUACACGCUCGGCGGGACGGCGACGCGGAGCUGCAAUGCAAACACGGCGGUGUCGGGCACGUGGACCGGCUCGGCAGUGACCUGCACGCUCAAUCCGUCGUACUGCCCGGUGCCAGGCACGCCGCUCAACGGCGCAGUCGGAAGCUGCACUCGGUCGAUCGGUGGCAGCUGCGGCGCGAGCUGCAACAACGGAUACUCGACAAACGGCGCGACAACGGCAACGUGCAACGGCGGACCGUCGUGGUCGGCGGUGUUUGGCGACUGCAGCAGUGACGCCGGGUAUUGUGCAGUGCUCACGGCACCGGCCAACGGCGCGUUCUCUGGCCCGUGCACAGGCAAGAUCGGAAGCGUGUGUGGACCGGCGACGUGCAACGCUGGAUACAACCUCGGCGGGACGGCGGCGCGGAGCUGCAGCGACAACGGGCCGGUGGCCGGGAGCUGGUCCGGGACGCCGACGACGUGCAGCCUCGAGCCAAACUACUGCUCGGCAGUGACGGCGCCGGCCAACGCGCUGCGGCGCGAGCUGCAACAAUGGGUAUUCGACCGUGGGGCGACGUCGGCGACGUGCAAUGCUGGCCCGUCGUGGUCGGCGAUUCUGAGUGACUGCGGCAAGACAACCAACUACUGCGCGGCACUCACGCCACCGGCCAACGGCGCGUUCUCAGGAGCGUGCAGUGGGGAGAUCGGAACGAGCUGCGGGCCGGCGACGUGCAAUGCUGGAUACAACCUCGGCGGAACGGCGACGCGCAACUGCGUCGACAACGGGCCGGUGGCCGGGAGCUGGUCGGGCUCGACAGCAACAUGCACGCUCGAGCCAAACUACUGUCCGCUGCCGGCGGCACCGGCCAACGGUGCGCUCGGCACGUGUGACCGCCACAUCGGCGGGACGUGCUCGGCGAGCUGCGCCAACGGGUACUCGGCAGCCGGAUCCGGGACGAUCACCUGCCAGGCCGGGCCAAACUGGUCCGACAUCCUCGGCGCGUGCACCAUCACCGACGGCUACUGCGCGGCGCUGCCGGCACCGAGCAACGGCCAGUUCAGCUCGGCGUGCUCGGGCCGGAUCGGGUCGAGCUGUGGGCCGGCGACGUGCAAUGCCGGAUACAACCUUGCCGGUUCGGCGACGCGCAACUGUGUGGACAACGGGCCGGUGGCCGGGAGCUGGGACGGGACGCCGGCGACGUGCACCCUCGAGCCAAGCUACUGUCCGCUGCCGGCGGCGCCGGCCAACGGUGCGCUCGGCACGUGCGACCGCCACAUCGGCGGGACGUGCUCGGCGAGCUGCGCCAACGGGUACUCGGCAGCCGGGUCGGCCACCAUCACGUGCCUUGACGGGCCGAACUGGUCCGACAUCCUGGGCGCGUGCACCAUCACCGACGGCUACUGCGCGGCGCUGCCAGCGCCGAGCAACGGACAGGCUGCGGGCGGAUGCAACGGGCGGAUCGGGUCGAGCUGCGGGCCGGCAAGCUGCAACGCCGGGUACAACAUCGGCGGGAGCGCGACGCGCAACUGCGUGGACAACGGGCCGGCAGCCGGCAGCUGGACUGGAGCGCCCGUCACCUGCAGCCUCGAGCCCAACUACUGCCCGCAGCCGCCGGCGCCUGCCAACGCGGUAAUUGGGUCGUGUGUGCGGGCGAUUGGUGGCAACUGCAGCGUGUCGUGCAACAACGGGUACACCGAGGGCGCGGUGGCGACGACGACGUGCGCAGCCGGGCCGAGCUGGACGGCGACGCUCACCGAGUGUGUGGCGUAUGCCGGGUACUGCGCGCCGCUCUCGGCGCCGACCAACGGCGCGAUCGGAGCGUGCAGUGGGGCGGUAGGGACGAGCUGUGGGCCGGCAAGCUGCAACCCGGGCUACAACCUCGGCGGAUCGGCGAGCCGGACAUGCGUGGCAGACACGGCAGGGGCAGGGGCAUGGACGGGCGCCGAGGCGACGUGCGUCAAGGAGGCCAACUACUGCCCGCAGCCUGCGGCGCCGCCCAACUCUGUGCUUGGAGCAUGUGACCUGUCGAUUGAUGGGACGUGCUCGUUCAGCUGCGGCAAUGGGUACGUGCCGAGCGGGACGACGUCGAUCACGUGCUCGUCGGGGCCUGCGUGGUCCGAGCCGUUUGGGACGUGUGUGGAGCAGGCCAACUACUGCCCGGCGCAUGGUGCGCUGACCAACGGCGUCAAUCCGAGCUGCAACAACACCAUCGGUGAGGACUGCGGGCUGUUCAGCUGCAACGCCGGAUAUGAGAUUACUGGGUCGACGCAGCGGACGUGCAACGACAACGGGCCUGUGGCUGGGUGCGCGACCGACUUUUCGUACUGCCCUGUGGGACCGGAUGCGCCGGGCAACGGGACGCGUGGCGUUUGCGAUCGGUACCUGUUUGGGCAGUGCCUGUACGCGUGCGAUGACGGGUACACCCUUGUGGGCACGCCCGCGCUCACAUGUAACGAAGGCCCAGUGUGGAGCGGGACGGUGCCGAGCUGUGAGCCGGUCAUCGACUACUGUGCGCCGAUCACAUCGAUCCAGUUUGGGACUGUACCAACGUGCACCAACCGGAUCAACGAGCAGUGCGGACCGUUUGCAUGCACGGGCGACAACGUGCUGUUUGGCUCCGAGACGCUGACGUGUGGCACGGACGGGCAGUGGGUGGAGGGCAUUCCAUUCUGCUCGUCGACGUCGCAGGCGCUAUCGCUGGUGUUCUCGGACAACCCGGUGGCGAUUUCUGCGGAUGGGCCCGGAUGGAAGCUUGCGGUGCAGCCGCGGUCGUCGACAAACGACACGCUGGCUGUGUCCAAGGACGUGGCCAUUCUUGCGCUCGCGUCAUCGACGAUGAACAUCGAGACACGGUCGAUUGCGCCCGCGGCGGUGUGGAACGCCGAGACGUUUGCGUUUGACAUUGAGCUUGUUGUGCGUGCGGCGGGGACGUACUCGAUCAACGUCGGGCUCAACGGCGGGAUUGUGGGCGACUCGCCGUACGCGGUGAGUGUGCAGCCUGGCGCGCCGUCGCCCAAGACGUCUGUGGCGUCUGGGGCCGGGCUCGGGCUCGUGUCGUCGGACGAGGAGCUGUUCUCGCAGAACGAGCGGGUGACGUUUGCGGUUGCGCCUGUGGACUCGUACGGCAACGCGAUCGAGCUGGCGCCGGCGCCGCCGACGUCGCCGUUUGCAGCGACGCUCAAGGGCGACGGGACGGGAACGAUUGUUGUGGACUAUGUGCCGGAGGCGUCCGGGCCGAUGACCGGGUACGUGUUUGCAUACACGGUGCCUGUGGGUGGGUUGCUGACGCUGUCUGUGACGGUCAACGAGCUGCCGCUGGCAGACUCGCCGUGGCUGGUGCAGGUGGCGGCGGUCUGUCCGCCGGGCGAGAAGCGGAUCCGGAUCACGGGCCCGUGCGUGGCGUGCGAGGCGGACACGUUCUCGAACGCAGCGGGUGACGAGUGUGUGGCGUGCCCUACGGCGAUGACGUCGCCGGAGCGGUCGGAGGGUGCGGGCAACUGCACGUGUCUGCCCGGAUUUUACACCAGCGCUGGCGCGCCGAUGACGCCCGAGGGAGUGCGGGCGUGCGGGGCGUGCCCGGUCGGAGCGGUGUGCAAGGGCGGGGCUGAGCCGCCGUUCCCACGGCCUGGGUUCUACAACGUGGGCGAUGCAUUCAUCGCGUGCCCGCAGCCGUCUGCGUGCCUGGGCUCGGGUGCGUGUGCGGCGGGCUACAAGGGCACGUCGUGCACCGAGUGCCAAAAGGGAUUCUACCGGAUGCGUGAGACGUGCUACCCGUGCGACGAGACCAAGGCGGCGCUUGUGGCGACGACUGCAGUCAUUGUGCUGCUCUGCUUUGUGGGUUUGCUGGUGUACCUCAACUCGCGCGAGGCGCACAACCGGAUGUACACGGCGGCAGCGUUUAUGAUUGGCUUCAACUCGCUGCAGAUCUCUGCGCUGUACGGCGACAUCAACCUCAAGUGGCACCCAAUUGCGCGGUCGUUCUUCAACAUUCUCUCGAUUGCGAACCUCAACAUCGAGAUCACAUCGCCCGAGUGCUCGUUCGACAUGGGCGACCCGUGGCUGGUCAAGUGGUGUACCGGAUUGUGGUGA